AUGUCUAAUAGUACUAGCCCUAGCGUGUUAAGUUAUUUACGACAAUAUAGGUUUCAAAGGAAACCAACACCUGGUUCCAGUGGCACGGUCACAGUUGUUAGACCGUCAAGUUCUCAAUCACAAAUUAGAAUGCCAGCACCUGCCACAACAUCCACAAAUGGGCCAAUUGUAUACAAAAGGAUACGGGUGAUGGAUUCAGACUCUGAUGAGGCAGCAUCACCAGCCAAGAGACCUACUAUGGAACUCACAACUGCUGUUAAGGAGCGGAGAUUUAGGAAUAUGAUAGAAAUGUUUCCCGAAAUAUCACCUCUGUUCGUCAAGAACACAUUAGUGAAACAUGGUUGGAACGAAGAGAGAUCCCGCGAUGAACUUCUAAAGCAUGACCCUGAGAGUGAUGAUAAACCAGCCACCUCCUCUUUCUUUGGUUCGCGGCCAGGCUUCUCGGGAGUUCCCAGAGGAAAUGGAACGGCAAUUAUCAGGAUGACAAAUAGACAGGGUCAGACCAUACUUACGAGGAGAGUUCCGCAGAAGGUCGGCAGUGUCAGACGUGGAAGUAGCGGCAGUGAAGAUGAUGACUACGGAGUUAAGAAAGGCAAAGAUGAUAAGGUUUAUGAUAGUGAUGACUCGGACAACGAAAUCAACAACGAUCUAAUAGGCGACAAGAAAAGAGUCUUUGAAUUCCUUAACACGAGCAGUCUGAAUGAACUGUCACUGCUCAGCGGUUGUUCGCAGAAGAAGGCUGAAGCUAUCAUCGCUCAGAGGCCAUUUAAAGGGUGGUUGGAUAUGGUUGAAAAAUUCAACAACAACAAAAUGCUCAGUACCGAUCUGUUGAACUCGACACAAGAGUUGCUCUGCACCAGGAAUAAUAUACAGAAGUUGAUGAAGAAGUGUGUCGGCUUGGCUCAACAGCUGGAGGCGGCUGUGGCGGCGGGUGCCGGAAGGUUGAAACAACCAGCUAUACUACAUUCAAGCUUAAAGCUAGCUCCUUACCAACUCGUUGGUUUGAAUUGGUUAGCGGUGCUCCACAAGCAAGGUGUGUCAGGAAUCUUGGCUGAUGAGAUGGGCUUGGGGAAGACGGUCCAAGUUAUAGCAUUUUUAGCGCAUUUGAAAGAAACGGGACAAGCUAAGGGCACACAUUUAAUUGUUGUGCCCGCUUCGACAUUAGAUAAUUGGAGUACAGAGCUAGCGCGUUGGGUACCUACGUUCAGAGUCAGCAAGUACUAUGGCCCACCGGAAGAAAGGCGAUUACUUCGCAUCGAAUACGCCAAGAGUUUGGACCAAUAUGAUGUAGUACUUACCACGUAUACAAUGGUUAGCAGUUGUCCGGAAGAGCGGAAAAUGUUUCGCAUCACACCCAUGCACUACGUCAUAUACGACGAGGCGCAUAUGCUCAAGAAUAUGGCAACACAGCGGUAUGAUAAUCUACUUAAAAUUAAGUCGAAGCACAGACUGCUGUUGACCGGCACUCCGCUCCAGAACAAUUUGGUGGAAUUAAUGUCUCUCUUGUGCUUCGUGAUGCCACACAUGUUUUCCGGCAAGACUGACGACUUGAAGAAUUUGUUCCAGAAGAACUCUAAGGCGAAAACUACUAAGAAGACGAACGGAAGCACGGACGAAGACGUGCCCGCGUUCGAACAGAGCCAGAUCACUCAGGCGAAACGAAUAAUGAAACCCUUCGUGCUGCGGCGGUUGAAGCAGGACGUGCUGCAGGAUCUACCGAAGAAGACCAACCACAAGGAGUUGUGCCCCAUGUCUGAUAGACAACAGAAGCUGUAUAAGGACCUUAUAGCUGCGUUCUCCUCGUCUAAAGAUGGAAUGGUACACGCAACAACGGAGCAAAGCGGGAUGUCCAUGAUGAUGGACAUGCGGAAAUUGGCCAACCAUCCCCUAUUAUUGCGCUACCACUACCAGGAGGCGGAGUUGAGACAGAUUGCCGCCAGGCUGGCCAGGGACCCCGGUUAUAAGGAGAAGAACGAGCAAUAUGCCUUCGAGGAUCUCCUAUUUAUGUCUGAUUUCCAAAUACAUCUGCUGACGAAGCAGUAUCCUUGUAUAAAAUCCUUCUCCAUACCGUCCCACCUCAUAGAAGACUCCGGCAAGUUCAAGAAAUUAGAUGAAAUGCUGCCAAAAUUAAAAGCUGAGGGACACAGGGUGCUAAUAUUCAGCCAGUUCACUAUGAUGCUGGACGUCUUGGAGCCCUAUUUACAAUUAAGAAGGCAUCGCUACUUGAGGCUCGAUGGGAGCACGGCUGUCAAUGAUAGGCAAGAAUUAAUAGACCAAUACAAUACUGAAGACAUCUUCGUGUUCCUAUUGUCGACCAAGGCAGGUGGACUUGGUAUCAACCUGACUGCAGCAGACACAGUGAUUAUACAUGAUAUUGACUUUAAUCCUUAUAAUGACAAACAGGCUGAAGAUAGAUGUCACAGGAUGGGUCAAACCAGGCCCGUGACUAUAUACAGGCUGCUCAGUGCUGGCACUAUCGAGGAAGGAAUCUAUCAAGUCGCCCAAGAGAAGUUGACUUUAGAGAAACAUGUCACUGGUGUUGACGAAAACGAACCACAAGAACAGAAAAAUGUAGUCCGUCUAUUAUCAGCUGCGUUGGGAUUGACGUCUCCCAGCAAAUGA